AUGGCAUCUUUAGAUGCCCUCGGGCCCACUGAGUCGCACUCCGGUCGGGAGCGGCUGACGCCUCAAGCCCAGGCCCAUCGUCGACGGAUCAACGACCGGGCUGUGAUCGAAAACCCACUUGCGUACUAUACGGACGAACAAUUAGAAGCAGACGUGAGGUCGUUCGCCGAGUGCCUGACCGUCGACACCACCGCUGUGCUCCGAGCUGCUCGCGUGGCCAAAGACAUCAAACUGUAUGAUGAGGUUGCACGCAACCCAGAUCCUGGCGCAGGGAAAGAGUUGCCGGUGCAGUUGACAGCGGUGGAGAAGCGGGCGCUUCGUCGUGAGCGUGAUGUUCCGUUCAGCGAAAGGGGAAUGUGGACCAUCAUCAUCACUGUGUCUCUUGCGGCUUUCCUUCAAGGCCAUGUCCAAGCCUCCUUCAACGGCUCGUCCAUAUAUGCUAAUCAAUUCGGUCUCGAGAUGCCAAAUCCAUCCGACGAGACGAAUAAGGGAUUGACCGGAACGGAUGCAGACAUCAGCAGCAAUGACUGGAAACUCGGAGCUGCGAAUGCUUCACCAUUCUUAUUCGCCGCGAUACUAGGCUGCCCUUUGGCACUGCCGGUCAACCAUUACCUCGGACGAAAGGGUGGAAUGGUAGUCGCCGCCAUUUUGAUCUUUGCCAGUUCUUUGGGGUCGGCUUUUGCGCAUACCUGGCAGGAGUUGUUCGCGAUUCGUCUUAUCAAUGGCAUAGGCAUGGGCCUCAAAGCCGUCAGUACACCCAUCCUGGCCAGUGAGACUGCCGUGGGUUUCUGGCGCGGUACAUCGAUUCUUGCAUGGCAACUCUGGGUAGCCGCCGGCCUUCUGGUCGGGUUUGCUUUCAACCUCAUCUUCGACACUUCCGGCGACAAGAGGCUGGUAUUUCAGCUCAUGGUCGCCGCGCCUUUGGUACCAGCACUGGCACUCCUCUUUUUGGUUAUCUUCUUCUGUGACGAAAGUCCACGAUACUUGAUGCGGAUGUCGAGUCCCAGCUACAAUCCCCAGCGUGCCUACGAGAUUCUCAAGAAAUUGCGGAACACGGAACUUCAAGCACUUCGCGACAUUUACCUCGUCCACAAGUCCAUCGAACAGGAAGAACUCUCCAAUAAACACGCCGACCCACGACUGAUACCUAGCUUUUUCUCCACCAUGAGAGGAUUCGUGCGACAGUAUAAGCAGCUGUUUAUGCAGAGACGACUGCGGAACGCCUUGAUCAGUAGUUCUACCGUCGCCUUGGCCCAGCAAUUUUGUGGCAUAAACGUCCUGGCCUUCUACUCCGGUACUCUCUUUCAUCGUGCCGGUGCGACCGAACGCAUAUCGAUGGUGUUCAGUCUAGGCUACGGCGCGGUCAACUUCGUCUUUGGGCUACCCGCAAUCAGGACCAUUGACACCCUCGGUCGACGCAAAUGGCUCAUCCUCACGCUGCCGAUCAUGGCCCUGUUUAUGCUACUGGCAGGAGUGGGCUUUUACAUUGACGAACCGAACGCCCAGAUGGGAGUCGUGGCCCUUUUUAUCCUGCUCUUCGCGGCUGCCUACUCGCCCGGCCUGGGUCCGAUCCCCUUCACGUACGCCUCGGAGAGCUUCCCCCUUUCCCACCGAGAAGCCGGCUGCGCCUUCGCCAUCGCCGUCAACUUGGGUUUCGCGGGUCUGCUGUCGAUAUUCUUCCCCAGCAUCAACUCGAAGCUGGGCGACAGCGGUUCGCUUUACCUGUUCGCGGGACUGAACCUCUUGGCUCUCGUGCUCGUGUUCCUCCUGUUGGAGGAGACCAAGAGGCGGAGCCUCGAGGACUUGGACCUGGUGUUUGCGGUGUCGAAGCGCAGAUUCAUCCGCCACCAGGUCACCCAGUACUUACCGUGGUUCAUCAAGCGUUAUUUUCUGAGGAGGAAAGAGGUCAAGCCGAGCCUGUACAUAGAUUUGAUUUGGGGUUCCGUGAGCGAGCCGGCUCCUGGAGGAGGAGCUUUCGGCAUGGGGUUCGGGGAUGAUUCUGAUUCUGACAAAGACAGCGUUCAUGCAUGA